AUCUGUCCCUUCUGUUCCUCUGCUGCCGAAGGCGGGUCGACUAGUGUCAUUCUGCGUCGCGGCUGAGGCCAUGUCCUGCUCUCGGCGGCAUCUAGAAAUGAAGGAUCUGCGGGAACCGGCGCACGUGAACGAGGCUGAGGAGCGGCAGGAGAGAGGAGUACAGACGGAGUGCAAUGCCAGAGGCCUGAGUCCUAGGCUUUCGAAAGUAAACCUUUUCACUCUUCUGAGUCUGUGGAUGGAGCUUUUUCCAAAUAACAAGCAAAAGGCAACUCAGCAAAGAAGAAAUGGCCUUGUUGUUGUGCACAAUUCAAAAAUCAUUGGACUACACUGUUCAAGCAUGGACUUGCAUGUUGGCCAAAUUGCUGUUAUUAAACAUGGAUCCAGGUUGAAGGAAUGUGAUCUCUACUUCUCAAGGAAACCAUGCUCAACCUGCUUAAAGAUGGUUUUAAAUGCUGGAGUCAAUCGAAUUUCAUAUUGGCCCGGAGACCCAGAGAUAAGUCUGGCUGAGGACAAGGUAAUGAAUAAUUGCUACUCAGAUGCAAAGUUAGACGCUAAAGCUGUGGAAAGACUCAAGUCCAAUAGCCGAGCUCGUGUGUGCACCUUGCUUCAACCUCUGGCUUACAACAUGCUUCAAUUUGUAGAAGAAACUUCAAGAAAGUGUGAGUUUUUCCAAAGCAUGAAUGCCAAGGACUCUGAUUUUAAACACAAGGACAAUUUUACUGAAUGCAGAAGAAAUAGAUUGCGGGAAUUUGAGAAAUUAUUCUUGAUUGCUGACAGUGACACCCACAAAGAAAUCUUAAAGAUCGUUGGCUUAGAGAAUGUGUGUGAUGAUGUUCAUUUUAUUAACUUAAGGCAUAAAAUGGAAGAGCUUGUUUUUUUGUUGGCAACCAUCGAUUGUAGUGUUCCAAUGUCUGGAAUAUUUAAUUGUGAUGAUUUAGAUGGUGCAUCCGAAGAGCACACAAACAAUGACUUUCAAAAUUUUGCAAGACACUGCAUGGUUCAAGCCAGGUUAUUGGCGUAUCGGACAGAGGAUCAAAAGAUUGGUGUUGGGGCAGUGAUCUGGGCAGAAGGAAAGUCGAGUAAUUGUGAUGGAACAGGAGCAAGGUACCUGAUUGGAUGUGGUUAUAAUGCCUAUCCAACAGGGUCAGAAUAUGCAGACUUCCCUCAGAUGGAUGAAAAGCAGCAGAAAGACAGAGAAGCCAGGAAGUUUCGGUACAUUGUACAUGCUGAACAAAAUGCUUUAACUUUCCGAUGUCAGGAUAUUAAAGAAGAUGAAAAAACCAUGAUAUUUGUUACCAAAUGCCCUUGUGAUGAAUGCAUACCCUUAAUAAACAGUGCUGGUAUCAAACAGAUAUAUACAGGUGACCUCGAUGCUGGCAAAGUAAAAGCGGAUAUAUCCUAUCAGAAAUUCUCUGGUCUACAAGGAGUGAAGAAGUUUACAUGGCAGAAAAAUCCAGCCAACAGUAUUUUAGCAUCAGGUGUCCAAGCUGUUCACAGGAAACAGGGGCCAACCAAGCCAUCCAUUCUCGAGAGCAGCAUUGCCCCAAGAAUUGCGAACACAUGCACAAUGAGCUCUAGCUCUGAAUCAGAGCUACAUUGCGAGUCAUCAGUACAGGGACAAUCCUAUCCAAGUAUAGAGGAUCCCCAGUCUCCCUUGUCCAAAGGUGAUUUGAAGAGGCCACUGGUAGCUCCUCAGCCAGAGCCCCAAACGGAAGAGCUAUUAAACCUGGAGCUUAGUGAGCCUGCUUUCAAACGGAGGUUGGUGGAACAUCAGUGUUACCUGCAGAGUCUCGUGACCUCAUUGGCUACUGUAAUGAAUGAUGUGGUAUGUGGGAUGGAGAAGAUCAUGUCAAGUCUGAAUACCUCCAUGUCUGAUGUCCACAGUGUACUGGAUCAUCAUUUGAGUGCAUUGCAGUCCAGCAGAGAGUCCGUGUCAUCUCAGACAGUUUUGGUGGAAAGCUCUUUUACACAAGGACUGAGCUGCAUUGGGGCAGCACUUCAGGCUGCUCUCAGUGCUGCUAUAUCUGACAUGGGUUCUAAAGUGCAAGAAAGCCUGCAGAUGGGAUUUGAAAACCUUGGAGAAAAAGUACAGUCAGCCAUAAGGACAGGGUUUGCUGAUUUGGUAAAAGAACAUGCCUCUACUCACCAAAGCCUAUAUAGCAGACAGGGUGGAGCAAUCUCAUCUACCAAUAGCUCUUCACAGGAGCAGGGAAUUCAUAACAGUGGCCUGUCCCUUUCAUCAUCCCAACCCAGUCAGCUUUUGCCUGGUUCCUUGCUGGAAAGCAGAGGUCCCUCUGUGGUGACUCAUGCACCUGGAGGCACGAAUCUAAGGAGCUUGCAGUAAGGAGGGAAGUAAAGACUUCCUUGUAAGUGAGGAAUAACUAGGAUAAUUGAGAAAGCUAUUGAAUUAAAUAAAAUGGACACAAGACAACUGGAAUGUUCUUCUGCUGAAGAAAGUGAUCGAGAUGGACCUCUCAACCAUACUGUUGUGUGGCAUGAAUCACAUACCAAUUACGUAGGACGUGUACUAAUUAAAUCAUUGACUAAGCUAAUACAGCGUUUAUUAAUGGUCCCUUUAUAUUACAGUAGCUUUCACAGAAGAUUCUAGGGUGACUACUUGCUGCUUCAUCUCCAACCCCUUUCAAAAAGCAAACUGCUGUUAGAACUUGGAUGGUCAUGCAGCAUCUGUGGAGGUAGAAGGAUGGUUGAUGUUUCGGGUUGAGACUCCAGUUCUGAUGCCUACGUCCUUUGGCUCCACAGAUGCUGCCUGACCUGCUGAGUUCCUCCAGCAGUUUUUUUUCUUGCUCUAGAUUACAGCAUCUGCAAUCGCUUGUGUCUCCAACCCUCAUCAGUUCUCUUGCAGCUGCAGGACCCAGUAUGUCCUUUCUCCACCCACUUUCACAAUUUGCCAGUCUAAUUAGCACAUUCAGACUUUGCAUUUACCUGUCCCUCAGUACAUUCUUCACAAUGAUCACAUCUGACCACAAGAUACAGGUACUUGCUCCAAUGCUUUAGGGUUGGCUUCUUCACCUGUACAGAACUUCCAAAUGUCAAUGUAUCCUGGUAAAUCUAUGUUGAGUUCAAGAAAAAAAUUGCUAUUUCUAUGUUUGUUUUUAUUCAAUUAAGGAACAGCAGCUGAAUUGCCACUUGUGGUUUUUCCUCCUCUAACCAAUUUUAAUUAUGGCUUAAAAAAAACUUCUCUGGAGUCCCUACUGUGCUGUCCCUAUGCUUCCCAUGGAAUGCUAUGGAUCUAAUGCGGGUAAAUGGGUUUAGUGUAGUUGAGUAUGACAGUUGUUGCAGACACAGAUAUAGGCCCUUCAGUCCAUCGUGCUUCAUGUCUCCAUGACUCUUAAACAAUUGAGUAAACUUGUUGAACAGACUGGGCCUCUUCUCUUGAGAAAAGAAGACUGGAAGGUGAUCUAAUGGGUUUUGAUAGAAUGCUUCUGUAUACGGGGAAGAAUGUAACAGAGGCCAUUGUUAUUAGAUGGCCACCCAAAAUUCCAAUGGAGAAUUCAGAAGAAACUUCAUUACCCAAAGAGUGGUGAUGAUGUGGAACCUGUUUCUGCAGAGAAUAGUUGAGGUGAAUAGUAUUGAUGUGUUUAAGAGGGGCCUGGACAUACAAAUGACAGAUAAAGGAAAAGACAGAUGCACUAAUAGGUCUAGAUGAGGAAAGCUGGGUAGAAAUUCAAAUGGAGCAUAAAUGCCAGCAUGUUCUGGUUGGAUUGAAUGGCCUGUUUCUGUUACAUACAUACUCUAAUUUUUAAAAAAAUCUUGUGAUACUGCGUUGUAUCACAAAUUUAUGUUAGGCUUUUUUUUAGCAAGUAUUGAUCCGAUUAAACAGUACUUAAAUUUAUAAAUGAGCUAAAAACUAUCUCCUCCUGGCAUGGGAGUCUAGAAUAAUAAUAAAAAUUAAAGCACAUCUUCACACACGUGAAAUUGUGGAACUAUGCCAUGUUUUCAAAAGUUGCCUUGUUUCUCUCAAAAGCUGAGCUUAUAAAUUGAAAAUGUAUACAUUGAAAUUGAUUUUUAUUAUGCUAAAGGAAUUUAAGACUAUAGAACCAAGGAUUUAGAUGGAGUUGAGGAACUGAUUAGCCAUGAGCUAAAUGGAUGGCUGAAUGGGAUUCAGAGCUCAUACUUGUUCUGUGACUCUGAGGUUAUUGGCAGUUUCACUGCAUGAGCUGCAUAUUGAUUCCUAUCAAAACACAAAGCAUUUCACAACAGACCUUUUCCAUAAUCUAAAUCCGAAGUAGCUAUAUUGCUGGAAAUCAUCAAAUUGGUGUUUUUUGUACAACUGUGGUUUAUCUUUGUUACAACUUCUGAAUCUGUGCAACGUUUCUUAAAGAAUGCUACUUUCACCAGAAGAAAAAGAUUAAUUGGGUUGUGUUUUCAAGAUUCCUUAAUUUCCUUGUUGUGCUCUGUAGCACAGUCUCCUUAAGCAUGCUUUGUGCUUUACUAAAGUUUCUUUUGUGGGCUAAGAUAAAAGUCAUCAAAGUGUGUGCUUUCUAUAAUACUAAUUAAUCUUGCAUGAUUUUGCACAAUGGUGGAGAGGAGUCAACACUUGAAGAGUGGUAAAAGUUAUGAGUUUGUUUCCAAAGAAUGUGAUAACAUAUCUUAAAAUAACAGAUGCUAUUAAGACUUUGAAAAUAAAAUGGAGAGUUUAAAUUAAAA